CCCAAAACCCUAAACUUUGGCCAUUUCUCUCUAGUUUUCUACAAUGGCUUCUCGCUGCAGAUCUUUUUCAAGACCCGCCUUUUCUUUUCUGAAAUCCACCGUCAACAAACCACCUCUUAAGUCCAGACCCAUCUCUUCUCUCCCAUCCACCCCAUCACUCUCAAGGUCGGCUCCUCCGCAGUUGGGUUGUAUUCAGUCUCUGCUGCCAUUUCACACGGCGGUCUCUUCAGCUCGGCUGACGUCAUGCCUCGGCAUUGACUCGAGGAGCUCGAGGUCGUUGUCUCAGGGUACGCUCGGUGCAAACCCAGGAGUUUGAUAUCUUCACUCUUUUGUAUUUAUUAUCUAGCUGGGUCUCAGUGUGCCGCGAUAAUGAAAGGAGAUUGAAGUUGGAAGAUAGAGGCUUAGACCGAGUGUCACAUCCCCUCUGUUGUCAGCGUGUCCUUUGCAUCAACUACUGGAGUUAAUUUUUACAGUUCUGUAAACGGAGGAUGUAGCUGCAGGAUUUGAUAUCCCUGAUUCGUUGCUAUAAUUUUUGAGAUUCUCCUUCAAAUUUGUUUCACCUUCCAAUGGAUUUCCCGUGUCUCCAGUGUAGUACAUUGUUGUCUCUUUACUGGAAAAGAGAAUAAGUUCAAAGC